CCUUUUAGGUGCAAAAGUGUAUUUUUUAAAAGGUACGGUCCCAGUGACAACUUUAAUACCUUUCUUUUUGAAAGUGUACAUAACAUUCUGCUUAACAUCGUAUUUAGUGUUUUACAUAGGAAAGUAAGUCAUACAUACAUGAGGGUGAGUGGUAAUGUACAUUUUAAGUGUUGAUUUCUCGAAAACAAAAUGCAGCAUGAUGUUAAAAUAUUGGUUUUGCAAGUCCAUUUAACAUACUAUUUUAAGUUUUGACCUGUGAAUAGUUGGCAUAACUUAUACAAACAAGUUGAAAUUGUUUAAAAAUGCUGCAUUUUUUCCAGUGUAGUGAAAAUUGUACAUGUUAAAACCACAGAAUAUAUGCCGAGCUCACUCUAUAUACAACAUAAGGAGCACAAACUCCUCCCCAGAGGAAAACAGGUGGAAGAUCAUGCAUGUUUUAUAACAAUGCCUUCCUCAUUUAGUUUGGCCAUGUGUCUCCAAGCAACAAAAGGUGAGAGGAGAACAGCAUCAGGUGCAGUUGCCAAAACAAGAAUAAAACAUUGCAUAAAGAAUAACUGUUAUGUGGGAUGGAGAGCUUGACUGGGAACAAAUCUAGUGAACUGUUGUACUCUUUGAAUGCAAAAUAUUAAAUGCUCCCUUAUUAGGCAUUUUGGAUAAAAGCAUCUGCUAAAUAAAUAAAUGGUAAUGUUUGUCUUUGAGGUUUGAGUGAUGAUGUUUACCAAGCUGAUCGAACACCAUGGACCACGUAAGCUUUCUUGGAGGUCCAAAUACAGCACCAUGCAAAUUUAAUGGCAAACAAUGACAAGUAUCUACAUUAUAUUGAUGGUGACAAUCACUCAAGUAAAGCUCUCGGUACUAUGCCCCUCUACCUGUGUGGUUUGUUCUGAAGAUGUUAUCAUCUGCCAUAACCUCCUAAAAAUCAUUGAUGCACCAAACACAACUAAAGCUUUGAUGCUUACUGAUGGACUUAUUAACUCUGUGGACAACAUGGACCUCAUUGAUUUAUCCAACAUGAGUGUUCUGGCACUCAGUAACAAUGCCAUUUCCACCAUAAUGGGGAAUGCGUUUCAGAAACUCGCUUUUCUUACAACACUGUCUCUGGACCACAACCGCAUCUCCAGCCAGUCUCUGAACAGCUCCACAUUCAUAUGGCUCCACAGACUGGAGACUCUUCAGCUUGGUAACAAUGAUUUGAGGUACAUCGAUGGCUCCUGGUUUCAAAAUUCCUCAGCUUUAAAAACCCUUCAGUUGGAUGGAAACCUCCUCACCAGCCUUAACUCCAGCAUCUUUACCCACUCCGACCUGAGAAACCUGGAAACUUUGGACUUGUCCGACAACCUCAUUACAUAUUUAGAUCGGAAUACUUUCCAAAGGCUACCUCGUCUUCGCAGCCUCGAUCUGUCCCGAAACAAUCUACGAAAUUCUCCGGAUGCAUUCUCCUAUCUUUCAUGGCUCUCUGUGCUGAACCUUGAUUUGAACCGCUGGAGCUGCACAUGUGAGUUGAAAGAACUGGCUUCGUUUCUCAACAGCUACAUUCAGGGUCCAGACAAAGUGUUGUACAAUGGGCAGCGCAUGGUGUGUGUGAAUACAGAUAACCCAGCAGUGCAGACUGUGCUAGAGCUGACUGAGGCAAACUGUGUCCCACCAAACAAAAACAUCACAGUGGAGGUUUUAGCCAAACGUAAUGUCACUCCUCAGCAAUAUGUUCAAAGCGUUGCUAUCGCUAUUGUGUUUUCAUUUUUGGGUGGGGUAGGGAUUACCCUGGGAAUAAUUGCCAUUGUAUACCAUAAACUCAAUAAGAAACCUACACUGGUGCAGGAGGAAAAUAAAGCUGGGGAAAUGAUAACGUCUGACCCAGAAUCAAACCAGUGGAAUUUUUCUGAAGGAAAAAUGAGCCAUGCUCUGUACAACAGCAACACUAAAUCCCAUAAUUCCCAGGACAGAGAAGACUCCCUUUAUCACAUAGGACCAAAAACACUAGACAAUCAUUUCACCUGCCACAAUUGCAACUCGACAGUUCUUGCGGUACGAAAGCAAAAAAGAGAGAUUGUCAUGCAAAGAGCCAAUCAACAUGGACAACAUGACAGAGAUGAUGAUUGGCCAGUUUAUGCGGCUAGUCACCAGUGUAAAGGGAAUGAUCGACAAUCUGUGUUGCAACAAAAGAUCAAUGACAAGAGUGUACAAAUACUCAAUGAGAGGGGGUCCGAAAUUCAGAGCAGCCAGAAUUUAGGCAAUCGUGAUAUUUCUUCCCAACGUCGUGGGGGUUCAAACGACAUCUCAGCUGUCAAAAUACAACAGCUGGCCCUCAGUAAUCAUUUCUCAGCCCUCCAGAGAGGACCAUUUAGACCCACAGACCAAAUACACUAUGAGUUGGUUACUCGUGGACAUAACUCGCAGUUAAAACGCCAGGCUCAGGACAGUGGCGCUCAGCCAAUAUACAGAACCAUCAGCUGUCUGCACUGUCAUCAGACUUAUGAAUAUAAGCAAGCUGCGAGUAAUAACAAGAGCUUUCUGCUUCAAAAUCACUCUGAGAACAGACUUCAAAAUGGAGAAAAAAUGCAUGACGCUAUGCUAUACAGAGACGUCUUGGGAUAUAGAUCCAGCACUGGGAAAUGUGGUGAGAGUCAAUCCACUGAGCCGGGAUUUAAGUUAGCCUCUCAAAGGAGUGUUACUUUUGAUCUAUCAGGAUCUGAGGAACGUGUCUUCACCAAGCCUAUUGACAGACACAAAGGGGAGAGUAAGAUAAAAGGCUCUAAGACAUCUGCGCAGAAAAGCGACCGUAAAUCAGUUAAGACUAAAAGUAGCACGCAGGGGCAUUUAAAAACCCACAAAUCCAAAACACAAGACAAGAAGACACUUAAGGUUAAAUUAAAUUUGAACCCUCUUCGAAAAACCAGGGUUCACGCCAAGUCUGGUGAUGAAGAGAAUCAAGAAGACAAAAAAGAAAAACUGAGAAGCAAGAAGCAAAAAUCUAGAAAAAAGACGACCAGCAGAAAAUCAAAGGAGAACAUUGAUGACUCAAGAAAAGAGGAGGAUGAAGAUGCAUCAUCCUCAAAAAAACAAAGCACAUCUUCCCAUAAAGCAAAACACUCUAAAAAUAAAAACAAAAUUUCAAGUUUUGAAUCUCAGGAUAUUGAUGAUGCUGCAAAAGAAACUGUAACUAGUGCUACCCCAGAUGAAUCAGAAAAUAUUGUUCCUAUGGAGGGGGAAUCGCUAUUGACUGACUGUUUGUUAGAGACUCUCCUUAGCUGUAGCACUGAAGGCCAAAGCCUGCAGAGCUCUGUGCCACCAAUACUCCCACUAACAUCCAAUUUAACACAACUAAACAGUCAAUAUAGCAGCACUACAGAUGCAGCCGAAACUCCGCAGCUGAAUAAUCCAAGUUCUGCCCUUCCUGUGAGUGAAUCCGCUGUUUCACAGGACACUGAUGAUCAGACUGGCAGCUUGGACCAAAUGAGCUCUCCGGCACCUGUUAUCCAAGAAUAUGUCUCUUCAGCUGAAGGGUCACCAAAGAGAAAGAUAAGACUCAUUCUACCUGAAAAAUCAUCUAGGCCUCAAACAGCUCUAGAUAAGAAAAUCAGAUAACAUCACUGUAGCACAGAGACAUUUUCAC